AAAUGGUAUAAGAUAUUAGAUAAUAGUAGUACGAAAGAUAAAAAGAAAUUGACAAUAUUAAAAGUAUUCCAGUACGCGAAUACAAUUAUUCCAACAUUAUCAAUCAAAUUGCCAAUUUUUCUUAAAGAUAAACUUACAA